CGAAUGUGCCCGAUUUGUUUACGCGUGAGUCAAACGUCUGCUUGCAUUGUUCUGUGAAAUAGAAAAUAAUUUUUAAUUUGUAGUGCCUCUGCGUAUGUUAUUGCCCAAGUUGACAGGGCAGGCCAGAUUCCUAACUCGUCUCCUCAGCACAAAUAUGGCCGGCAAGCGGAUGCACAACGAGGACAACAAGUUGGACACCUUCCGUCGCAUCUGUGAUGAAAUAGCCGGCGAGCCGAGCUACCUGAAGAAGGCGGAGAAACUGCAGCGAUUCUUCGAGCGGGGCACAAGUGGCAAGGGAUUCGAGGGCGACACCCUGCUCUGGGUGCAGUUCCUCAUCCCGGCAGCCAACCAGCGAGUCUAUAAUCUGCAGAACAAGGCGCUCAUCAAGUUGUUCUCACGAAUUUUUAACGCUAGCCAGCAGCAAAUGCACCUGGAUUUGGAGCAGGAUGGAGACGUUUCGGAAACGCUGUGCAAGCACUUUGCUGCCUCUAAGAAAUUGAAGCCUCAGGCGCACAGCAAGCUCUACCUGCAGGAGGUGGAGCAGCUGCUUCUGAAGCUGGUGGAGCGCACCAAGGAGGAUGAGCAGACCGAGUUGCUGCAGGAGCUCUGCACGAAGGCCACCGACCUGGAUCUGCGCACCUUCAUCCGGCUGGUGAAGCACGACCUGCGGAUCAAUGCGAGAGCCAGGCACAUUUUGGAUGCCUUUGGCCCCGAGGCCUAUCCCGCAUAUCAGUCUUCCCGCGAUUUGGUGGCUAUUGUGCAGCAGUUCGCCGGCAAGGAGAACAAAAAGGACGCCAUUAGCCCGGCUAAGAAGGCUAAGAAGGUGAACUUGAGCGGAAUUCAGGUGAUGACACCGAUAUCGCCUAUGCUGGCCAGUGCCUGCAAGUCCGUGGAGGAAGCAUUCAAGAAGAGCCCCGCCGGCCUGUACAGCGAAAUCAAAUACGACGGAGAGCGAGUUCAAAUCCACAAGCAGGGAGACGAUUUCAAGUUCUUCAGCCGCAAUCUGAAGCCAGUGGUGGAUCAUAAGAUAAGAGCUCUAAAGGAGUACAUACCACGCGCCUUUCCAGGAGGCGGUGAAAUGAUCCUGGACUCAGAGAUCAUACUGGUCGACACUGACACGGGAGCACUGCUGCCGUUUGGCUCAUUGGGUGCCCAUAAGAAGCAGACAUUUGCCAAUGCAGCAGUGUGCCUAUUUGUCUUCGAUUGCAUACUCUACGAUGGCGAGGAUCUAACCCAGCUGCCAUUCCGUAAGCGCCGUGAGAUCCUCGAGCAGAAUAUCAAGCCCAUCAAGUCGCACGUACAGCUUUCCGAGUCGGAAUUCCUCAAGACCAAGAGGGAACUGGCCAUGAUGACGGCCAAGGUGUUGCACGCCAAUCUGGAGGGAGUGGUGCUAAAGAGCCCGAGCAGCACAUAUCAGCCCGGCAAACGAAACUGGCUGAAGGUCAAGAAGGACUACCUUUUCGAUGGCAAGAUGGCUGAUACAGCGGACCUGGUGGUCCUUGGUGCCUGGUAUGGAUCGGGAAAAAAGGGUGGCGUGCUCAGCAUUUUUCUCAUGGGCUGCUACGAUGCGACGGGUCGUUUGUGGAAGACGGUGACCAAAGUGCACUCUGGGCUGGACGAUGCCACCAAUGCGGAAGUACACGGAUCACUGAUCAAGCUGACCGAACGUGUCGAUGCUAACGUGAUUCCUGAUUGGCUGCUGUGCAGUAGGUCCUUGGUGCCAGAUGUCUUGGCCAAAGAUCCGCUGAAAAUGCCUGUAUGGGAGAUUACGGGCGCAGAGUUCACCAAGUCCGAGGCGCAUUCGGCGUCUGGCAUCUCGAUCCGAUUCCCCAGGAUUACCCGUCUGCGCAGCGAUAAAUCCGCAAAGGAGGCAAAUGAUCUGGCCCAUUUGGAAGAUCUGUUUGAAGCCUCAAAGAAGAAUGUAAACGUAGAUCUGCUCUUGGCCAAUUGUGGAAAAGAUGAGGAUGCGCUGAAUUCGAAAAAAACGCCACAAAAAGUGAAAAAACAAAAAAGGUCAAAAACUGGUUCGGAUGAUGAGGAGGCAGAUCCGCCGCCAAGCAAACGUAAGGAGCCAAAAGCGAAUCAAAGUUUGUCACCAUCGCAAAAGGGGAUGAAGGACUUCUUUAAACCCAGUAAGGAGCUGAAAUCAGAAGUGAAAAAGGAACCAAAGAUGGAGGAAAAAACUCCUAGUCCAACAAGUUCAAAAAGCAAACUAUUCGCAGGUUUAGUGGCUCACUUUACAAUGGGAAAAGAUUCAAGCAAGCUAAGGGAACAAUUUGCACAGCAUGGAGGAUCUUCUACCACCGAAACGCGAAAAGCUAAUCUAGUAUUUUAUAAUACCAACGAGGCCCUGCACCUGGAAAAGCUUAGACCGCUCUAUCGACGCAGCUGCCGGCAUUUGAAUGUUAGCUGGCUCCAAACUUCUCUCGAGACCCAGAGUCUGCAGCCCUUUCCACUACAUGCCUUGAUUGUUAAAUGUUGAACUCUUGUCUAAGUCGUUUGUACUCCCAAAUCCAUAUUUGAUUAUACCUUAUAUUUGUAUAUUAAAAACAACAAUUAUUUUAUCA